CUGCAAUGUGCCGCCACGACGACAAACCCAUAUUCUGCUUCCUAAACAAACGCCCGCUUUCAAACUGCCUGCUUCUCCUCGCACAUAUAACUCUCGUUCACAACUUCCAUUUAACUUCUCUCUCUUUUCAUCUUCUCACACCUCAAAAUCUUACACUUUUCUUGCCAGAAUCUGACCCAUCGCUACCACCACCGCUCAAAAUGAGCCAGGAGCAGCCACGGAGGCCUGAAUCUCAGCAGGAAGCAGCUGUGUAUGGCAACAGCACUGGCGAGAUUCAAGUUUGUGGAGAGGUUGGGCAUUACAGCCCACCAGCGCCCCUAGCACCACCAUCCACCUUCGAGCAAAGUGGUAGGAUCACCAUAGGUGAAGCACUUGAAGCAACAGCCCUCACCGCCGGGCGCAAGACAGUUGAUAUGAGUGAUGCUGCUGCUAUACAAGCUGCAGAGGUGAGAGCCACUGGCCGCACCAUCAUCACCCCAGGUGGCCUCGCUGCAGCUGCCCAAUCAGCAGCAACCCUCAAUGCCCGCACUGCAAGAGAUGAGGAAAAGACUAAACUUGCAGACAUUCUUGCGGAUGCAACUUCAAAGUUGCCGAUGGAUAAACCAGCAACGAGGAAGGAUGCUGAAGGGGUUAUCAGUGCAGAGCUGAGGAACAAUCCAAACCUGGUUACCCAUCCUGGCGGUGUGGCUGCUUCUGUGGCUGCUGCUGCAAGGCUUAACCAGAACCAGAAGAAUUGAUAACUAAAAGAAUGCCAUGGAAAUUUGACUUUGUAGCCUCUAUUUUCUUUUUUCUUUUUUUUUGGAGUAGAUUGUCUGACCAGUACCGGAUCUUAGCAGUCUCAACACAUUUUCUUAGGGUUAAAGAAAAAGAGAAAAAUAAUUAUAGUUAUACGAGUCAUACAUAUGAAAUCCCAAGUAUCACCUAAAGGCUGUCCAGAAACUUAUCUCAUAUUCUUGGAUUUUGCAUCAGUUUGAGUACAAGUACGUUUCAAGCUGAUCUUGAGUACGACUACCACUUCAUUCCCUUGCCAGAAAGAGUCUUCAACAGUAACCAGUUUCUGUGAUCUCAGCCCCACCACCGAUAUAAACAAUUCUGUUGUGUAUUUACCGUUUUCGCUCCGGCCGCCACUUGUAUACUGGCUUGGAUGUUGGGCAGACAAUCUCAUCUUCGCGUAGCUUCCGCUUCCGACCCUUUUUCUGUUCCAAUAAAUGGAAUAAUUAUUUUUAAAA